AUGAGACCUGUUCCAGACCCUUUCCCACGCAAGCGCUCCUUUGACACCUCUCCUUCCCUCGAUCCCCGCACCGCGACCCCCGCGACCUUCUUCUUAUCUCGCAGUCCGCAUGGCUCGGAUCUGGAAUCCAGCAUCUCGACAGAGAGUCAUGGGAGUCAAGAUGCCAAAGAACAUAUGUACGGAGUGCAAAGCCUAGAUGAGACCCUAUGUCCGGCCGAGUUCGCCAGAUCGCCCCGCGAUCUCCCCGCAGACAGCCUAAACCAUGCCGCCGAUGCCACCGAUACCACCGACGAUUUAGAAUCGCACCUUGCACGACGUCGGUCCACUCUCAAGCCGCUGGAUGCAGGAGUCUUGGAUUCUCCAGAACAGACAUCGUCUCUGUCUCAGAUAGUCUCUCGGCCGUUGACUCCGCUCGACCUGGGCAACCCUGAUGAUCCGUCGUCGCUGCCUAGCAGCCCAAAAUCAAUUUCCAACCAGUCAUUACGACCUCUUGAUGAGAUCUCGAUUACCGAUGAAAUCAAUAGUCAGGCUAUCGGGUCUGGAGAUGAGGAGGACUAUGGAUCAUCACAUCCACCCCCGGGUGGGGCGUCCCAGCUUAUAAUGCCAAGUAUCAAAAUGCCGAGUCGACGACCGUUCACCGAGCGAGGAAAAACCAUGGGUCGGUUCAAAGUUCUUCUGGCUGGUUCCCCAGGUUCGGGAAAAACUUCUUUGAUCAAGUCGAUUGUUCAGACUUGUGACGAUAUCGUACAUGUCGACACAAUUCCAUCGGUGACCUCAGUAGAACGAUGUAGACCUUCUCGGCCUCGGUCGCGUGGUACGCUGAUCAGCACCUCCGAAAUUUAUGCGAGUACCAAACCUUAUCCCUCCUGGUGGUCGGAUUUGGAAGAUUCGCGCGUGCUUCGACGCCGAAAAAGUAUCGGGGAAAUCGUGCUGGAGAGAAACAUAUGUUUUGUCGAUACACCGGCUACAUCAUUGAGUCGCGCGGGACAAACCGACGCCGUCGUUCAAUAUUUGCGACAGCAGUUGCUUCGUGCUACCUCUGCUCUCAAUGACACCGGUGUGGAUUUCCAAAAUUUACUUGCCGGCAAUGGUGGAUCCCAGGUGGACGCCAUCCUUUAUUUGAUUUCUAAUGACACUUUAUCGACCGAUGUGGACUGCAUUCGCAAGCUCUGCGAACUGAGUAAUGUGAUUCCAGUAGUGUCCAAAUCGGACACACUUUCCGCCGAUCAAAUUUCCACCCUGAAAUUGCGGUUCCAUGAACAAGCCUGCGAGGCAGGGAUUAAGCCCUUUUUGUUCGGAGACCCGCCGGGGGAACUAGACGGGCUAGAAUCAUCCCAACCGCCCUAUGCAGUGUCAUCGGAGAAAACCGUCGACACGGAAACAAUGGACGCCAGCACCCUCAUGAGCCCGGACUACGUCCAACCCCUCGUACCUUCAGAAUUAGAUGCACUAGUGCAAAAGAUGUUCGACCGAGAUAACCUGGCAUGGAUGCGCCAUUCCGCUGCAAAGAAACUCAUCCAACGCGCCGGCGUUUGUUCGGUUCCCGCAAUGCCCAAAGCGCACCCAAGUCCAACCCCAAGUGGGGCCGACCAGGCCCCGGGCCCAACCCUGACUUCGUCCUCUCCCAGCUAUGCCAUGGCCCGCCUAGCAGACCACACUCGAAACGAAGAGCGGAUCGCUCAGGUUCGACUGGCGCAGUGGGCAACUGACCUACAGCGAAGCCUACAGAACGAACGUGAUCGCUAUUCCUCACUAGCGCGGGGCGAGCGCGCGGUCUGGCUGACCGAGCGCUUGAGCGAGUGCGUUGUCGACGGCUCGCUCGUACCUUUGUCGCAAACCCCUGGCUUUUGUGGCUUGCAUAUCCCAGUUGGUGAGAAACAUGCACACUCAAACGGGCUGCAUGUCAUGCGAGCACAUUCUGCCUCGCCCGUUUACCAUGUUGCCAGUCUCAGCCCGCAUGACCCUCUCGGCGUGGUGGGCUGGAUUGAUGAUCUUGGUCGCCGGAGCUGGGUGCUUGUGCAGAUUGCGGGUAGUGUGGGUGUUGUUGGUGGGUUGGCGCUCUGGUUUGCGCGCACUUGGGGUCUCCCGCCGCGCAAUCUGACUGACUUGCGUCUGGAUUAUUGGUGUGGCACGAUGGACCGGACGUGA